GAAAUCAAGAGGUUCUUCACGUUGAAGUUCCUCAAAUAGACUCCUCAUUUUGAGUAGAAGUCUCGCGUACUACGCGAACGCUGUAAACUGUAAACUGUAAACGCAUCCGUAGUUUCCGCUCCUUAGUUUCACCCAAAAAAGAAAUCGGUGUCACCAGAAAUCAAGAUGUGACAAAAUAUAUGACGAGACCAACCCUCGACGCCCCACCAUGAGCAAGGGUGCAGCCGACGACGCCGGGUUAGCUGCAGCGGGGCUGAAGACCCCGCCGCGGCGGGGGAGCCUGACCAAAAUGGCGCGGCCGCUGCAGAUUUGCGAAAUUGAUUUCGAUAUGUAUUGCAAAAGUAUCGUAAUAGUAUGAAUUGCAAUACAAAUUUCCUCAGCGUGAGAAAUAAAAUUUGUAAUGCGGAUUUACGAUAAGAAAAAGAUUUGUAAUACAAGACUUGCACAUAUACGAGUGCGAUACUUUUGCACAGGAUAUUCGAGGGGAACUGCGUCAAAACCUGCCAUGAAAGCUUGGAAAUUAUCGAGGAAAACUUGCAGGAGCUGGGUAUUUUGUUUUAUUUUUGUGUCUAGUACAUGAGAGACAGAGUCAGAGAUCAUGUUCUAGAUUUUCUUGCAUAUGCAUGGCAGCACAGCAUCCUGAACCUGAUUUAGCUUCACCUUGCUCGUACGAAGCUAGUUGUAAUCCACUGCAUCUAGUAGUAGUAUAAAAACCCACGCGAAUUGAAUAAAGCAGGGCCAAACAAUUGCAAAACCACAGCGAAAUCGAUGAGCAAACCGGAUUUGAAAGUCGCAGUGAUUAGCGUGAUGGGGAUGUAUAUCCCACGAAAAAACUGUUUCACUGUUUUUGCAAGUUUUGCAUCACAAGUUUGUUACACAUGACACUCAAAAUUUCUUAUGCGCGCUUCCCAAGGGAAAACACGCUUGCAAAUCCAGUGUCUUGCAGGUGUAGCAAGACAAAUAAGUAGUUCUGUGUCCCAUUUUCUGCAUCACAACUUCACACUGAAACAGUUUUUUCUUGCGAUAAUGUACCGAACAGGAAAGUCGUUCUUACUCGACCUGCUCUAUCCCGUGCAAAAGUAUCGUACUCGUGGUGAUUGCAUUUUUUAUGCAUUACAAAUUUCUUUCUCAAGGUAAUUCAGCAUUACAAAUUCAAUUUGUAAUGCUAGGCUAAUUUGUAAUGCAAUUUCUACUAGUACAAUGCUUUUGCACUGCAUAUGCUCCUCCGGUAUUUGAAAUCUCAAGGGCCGAUCACGAAGUUUGACGCUUCGAAAAUAUGGCACAUGGGAGAGAAGAGCUACAACACGGACAGUUACUCGCUAUGAAAUGCAAAAAUGUCUGGGUCUGGAAACUUGCAAUGCUAAAAGUGAAUGAUAGACGCGCCGCAACACGCAGUCGCAGCUAUGCAUGACAAAUUUUGUGGCUGUCAUGUCUUACGUAUUCCGCAUGGCAAACUGCCUUUUCGCAUGACAGUUAAGAGGGCUCUUUCGUGCCUUUGCAACACAGAUUCUCAGGUCAUGCCAGACAAGCAUAGCAAACUUACAUUCUUGCAGACCUUUGCAUUUGAUACUCGUGGUUGGGAAACGAAACUAGGAUAUCGGAAGGAAGCACGAAUGAGCGAGGGUUUCAUUGGCGGCCGGGGAUCGAAAAGUGCACCAAAGGUAGUGUUAGUAUCAGUAGAAUUUUCUUUGUUUGUGAAAAGUAUCAACUAUGAUACCAUCGUGCGUAAGAUGAUCCAGGAUGGCGUCACGUCUUUUAGGAACUUGUCUUUACGGCAACACUGAUAGCAACGUGCUGAGUAAUGUUACUCCGCCUGGUAUAACGUAGGCGAUUUUCCAAUAUCCAUUGCACCUUCGAGAAUAAUGUUAAGCCUGAUGGUAUGAUUAUUACGUUAUACUUUGCACAUUUUUGGUCUGAAGAACGUAGUGGUAAAGUGAUGCAGCAUAACAUUUCAUUUACAAUCAUCCACAUCCAAAUUCAUCCUGUCCCAGGUAUCUGGCUCUGGUCCGAACCAUUCCUGAUGGAAAACAACGAAACGGGCGAACCGCUAGCAGUACUCGUGAUGGACACGCAGGGCGCGUGGGACUCGCAGAUGUCCUCGGAGCAAUCCUCGUGCAUUUUCGGCAUCACCGCUUUACUUUCCUCGAUAUGCAUUGCAAAAGUAUCGUACUAUUAGAAAUCGCAUGACAAAUUUGCGUAGCAUGACAAAUGAAAAUAUUGUAAGUAAUGCAGAUUUAUCUUAGGAAGCAGAUUUGUGUUGCAUGAUUGCAAUUAGUACAAGUACGAUACUUUUGCAAAGCAUAAUCGAAACUCAUUUACAACUUACAGAACCGGAUAUCCGAGGAAAAAGUCGAUAAUCUUGACUACUUCACCACCUACGCCUAUCCAGGAAAAAAACGGUGUAAGUGUAACUGUGUAGCGAGAAUAGCAUCACAAAUUCGCUUUGCAUUCUUGCAGGGAAAACCUGUCAUGCGCAGCUAGUACGUGGAAACACGUGUGGAAGUAGCCUAUGAAGCAGACCCAGCAUGACAAGUGUAACAGUUUCGCACUUUCUGCAUCACAGACUUACACUCACAUAGUUUUUUUCUUGCAUAACGCCGGGAUCGUGAUUCAAGAAGCGCGGGAAAAAGCUACUCGAGCGCUGAACAGCGUUUCGCCACGAGGAGACCCGAACGCGGGCGAUGGAAGUGGCGCCUCUUCGAAAGAGAAACCCGUUGCAGCUGCUGGCGCCGCGACGGAAACAGAAGACGAAGAGGAGGACGACGCAGCGGGGUUGGGCGAUAUCCAUUUUCUGGUUCGGGAUUGGGAGUAUUUCGAGGACCAUUGGACACUCGACCAGUGCACGAAACAGGUCUCGGAUCACCUGAUGACGCACUUGGACCCGAAUAGGGUCACGGUGGAGGAGCGAAGAGAGACGAUUACCAGAUUACACAACCUUUUUCGAAGUAAGUAUUCAUCUUACGGCUUUUCUUUCAUCUGUUGGAUGAUAAUCACUCUGUGUAGCAAGUAGGUCAAAAAGCGAUUCUUGUUCAGAUGAUGUAUAUUUUGCAUGCCAAUAAAAAUUAUACCGCAUAAACAACUGUUGUUUCCAACAUGAUCGCAGGCGUCAACCUGUGCUGUCUCCCGCACCCUGGGCCCCGGAUCCCGAAGGCGAAUUGGAACGGCUCGGUGACGGAUAUUGACACCGAUUUUCUGUAUUUGUUGACCCACUUCUUCGCGAACCUCUCCCACGGUGAGUACCCACUGAAAGUAGCGGCCCCACUCGGCCAGGAGCUCACCGCGAAGUCGUUUUGCCGGGUGGUGGAAACGUUAGCAACGGCGUUUAAAUCCGCGAGGCCGGACGCAACCAGCUUACGGAAGGCGUUUGUCACGUGCGAGGUACAGGAUUUUGUUGGGAUGCUAUCUUAGAUGCGUCUUGUGCAUGACAGCAGUUUAUUUGUUUUGCAUGGCAAAUCCAAAUUAUCAACGUACCGCCUAUGCCGAUCAUCCAAAAUCUCUAGACCCACCGCGCCAAGGAGGAGGCGCUGGAUUCCUUCUCAAAAGCCGUAGGAAACACGCUCAGCGUAUCCUGAGUAAAAACGUACCCACACCAUAGUCAAGUUGGGGAAUCGGCUAGACAAAUCCACAAGUUUUGGCUGUUUUGCAUGACAAAUUUGGAUUCGUAGUGUAGUGCUGUUUGAGCUAGCUCAGCAGCAUCACAGAUCUAGUAGAUCAUGCUAAUUGGAGCAUUACAAAUUCCAAAACACGACUGGAAAACGCUUGUUAUCGUGCUCCGCAUGAGAAACAUUUUAAGCCUGCAGAUUUGCAUGACAACUCUGGUGUGGGUACGUUUUUACUCAGGAUACAGCGGGGACAUGUUGGAGCCGGAAGUGAUGUCUGAGAAGCUCGUAUCCAAUGUAAAAACGUCCCCACGACCCCAUAGUCAAGUUGGGACCUUAGCAACACAAAUCCAUAAGUUUUGGGAGCCACGCAUGACAAGUUGCAGUCCGGAGUGUAGUGCAUGUUAGCAAGGGCAACCGCGGAUCACAUAUCCGUCUGCUUAUCCAGUUUACAGCAUUACAAAUUCCAAAACCCGAUCGGAAAAGCCUCUAAUGGAGAUGCACAUUACAAAUCUUCCUGUAAUCGCAAAUCUGCAUGACAACUAUGGGGUAGGGACGUUUUUACUCAGGAUAGCUCGCGAAUGUGAAAAAAGAGCAGAUGUCGCUGUUCAAAAGCAGGAUAAAAACGCUGUUCACCGGUUCAAGUAAGGAGGAGGAACAGUGUAUGAAAGCCUCAGGUUGGAAAUCCUCAAAGUGAAAAGAAUUUGCAAUGCAAAAAAACGACUCCAGUUGAAGCAUCAUUUCCACUCGGCGCAUGACAAAUUUUCCGGGCACUCGUCAAAACGUGUCUGUCAUGCUAGUUGGGCAAAGGGGCGCCCUUCUCUCGUGCUAAUCAGCAGCCCAAUUCUGAACCCGUAGAAGCACAAUAGUCGGCCUCCGUUGCGGGCUCUGCAAUACAGCUUUUUUGGUGUCGCAUUUCAUGCAUCACAAAUUAUUUCCACUUUGAGGAUUUCCAUUCUGAGGCUUUCAUACAGUGGAAGGAGCAGUUGCUGGAGGAAAUGCAAAUCGCUUUGGAAGAAAAAGUAUCCUGUGCAAGAGUAUCGUACUAGUAUGAAAUGCAUUCAUGCAUUACAAAUUUCUUUCUCAAGCUAAAUCCGCAUUACAAAUUUCAUUUCUCAUGCUCAGGAAAUUUGUCAUGCGAUUUAUACCAGUACGAUGCUUUUGCAGUUCAUAAAAAGCCACGGUGUUAGCCGAAAGAAACGAAACGGCCUAUACGCAAGCAACGUACUAUUUUUUUUUGUUCUUGUUGCGAGGUCAAUUUCGAUUUUCAUUUUCAUUACGCUGGUGCAUGUGCGUGACCAUGAUGCUGGACAUUCGUUGAUAGUAGUACACUAUUUUUACGCAACACGAUGAAAAAAUUCACAAGUCAAAAACAUCUAGCAUAACAAAAUUUCGAAAGAACAGGUGGAAGCUUGUUGCAACACCUGUAUUGACGGUCCCGGUCUGCAUGAGCAUUUUAUCCUUGCCGCACCUGCUGCUCUACGCCUGCGUUGCUGCGGGUGGUGCCUUCCAUUUGAAUACCAGAGCAGGGGACGAGGGAGUGCAAGGUAUAUUGAAACUCCUCAUAAUAAUGAAUUGCUGAGGUACAACAUGUACAACAAGAACAACAGCACAGCUGCAGCUCCUCCCACUUGCAUGUUGUGUUGCGGAUGGGGAUGUAUGAUUUAUUUUUCGCAACACUUUUUGUUUUUGUUUUUAGUCUUAGUGUUGCUGUUGAUCAUGCCGCAUGAAUUUUCUGCAAUAUCUAUCAGGUUGGUUCGCUCCGGACGUGUUGGAGCGGGUGUUUCAGGACAUCAAAGCCUUUAUGACGCAGCGUUACAUUAUGCAUUGCAAAAGUAUCGUACUCGUAUUGCAGUCAUGCAUUACAAAUAUUUUUCUCAAGGUAAAUGCGCAUUACAAAUUUUAUGCUGAGGGGAUUUGUCAUGCAUUUAUACGAGUGCGAUACUUGGUUUUGCAGUUCAUAUACAUCGACGUAAAACAAAUGUCCUUCGUCGCCCGACGCUGCGACAAGCUCCCGCAGCAGAUCACAAACACCGUAUCGGGCGCCAACCUCGCCGCGGCCGGCGCCGUCGCUUCCGGGGCUGCAAAGAUGGCUACCGACAAGGCGAAAAAUGCAGCGGCGUUGUGAUAAGGAUAACUGCAGCAGCGUUGUGAUAAGGAUAACUGGAGAUUUCAUCUUCACUCCUGCAGACUGUGCUUGUUCCACGGUACGAUUUUUUGGAGAAAGCAUCAUGGUCUUGGUCAUGCGUCGAGUGGCUCAUUGAUUUUGUCGCAUUGAAACAAAAGCGCAGCUGCUCCUAAUUUUUUUUUUCCAGCAUAAUUAAGUAUAUAGGGAAGAGGUAGAGGAGUAGCCUGCGUUUUUGUUGCUCGACAGAUUAUAUGGGCACAUCAGCAUACACAUACUUGUCGGGAAUUCGCUUUGACUAACUUAUACGAAUCAUACACACAAAUCACUAACUUGCCAUGCAACUACAAAAUUAAUCUCUUUUCUCACAACAGCAAAGUCUUUUGAAACAUGAUAAGCUUGUCGAGGCUGUCGAAUAGAGGAAUGUCGGGCUGCUCAGGUGGCAGGCAUUGAAUUCGAAGCUGGCAGCAUCUCCCAAGGCAACGAGUAGCACAAAAAAUAAACUCGCUGCUUUAUCUGCAGCGGAUGUAGACAGUGAAGAGAGAGGCCUUUGCUUCAGAAUCAGAAAUUGUUCAAACUCCUACACUUUCAUUUUCGAAUAUCAAUAUUGAUCCCUGC